CGCACCCACUUUGCUCUGCCUGACACGCCCACAAGAUCCCGCGGUUUUGGCGGGAACCAUAAUAUCACUCUCUUCAAACUCCAAGGCCGUUCUCCCUCUCUCUUUCCCUUCCCUCAUGACGGAUGUACACUUACACAGCCCUCGACCGACCCCUUUCUUCCAACCAGAACCAUAUUUCAGUCAGAGGAGAAAGACUCCAUUUAAAGCCCCUCCUAAAGCCCCCGCUAAGAGCUGCCCUCCUCUCAGUAGAGUAUUCACUAGCGCUGUAGCCUCUGAUGGACCCCACACUAUUAGCUUCGCCUCAGAUUCCAUUAAUGAACCAAUCUCAGGGCUACGUUACAGCACUGAUUCUCAAGAGCCAUAUUUUGAACAGGGUUUUGAGAUUAUCAAGAAGAUAGGAGAGGGUUCAUUUGGUGAAGUGUUUCAAGUGAAGAGUAGAGAGGAUGGUCAGCUGUAUGCUAUUAAGAGAUCAAGACAACGUUUUACCGGCAGCUGGGAUAGGAGAAAGAAAUUAGACGAGGUAGAGAAACACGAGUGCCUCCCUCCUCAUCCAAACUGUAUCCGGUUCUAUAAAGCGUGGGAAGAGAACUUGCACCUGUACAUACAAACUGAACUCUGCUCAAUGAGCCUCUCACAAUAUUGUGAUGCUCAUGGAAGACUACCUGAGAGAACUGUAUGGAGAAUAUUAAUGGACAUAGGAAAGGGGCUCAAACACCUUCAUGACAAUAGGCUGUGUCACCUUGACAUCAAGCCAGACAACAUAUUCCUGUCUCAGUCGGGAACAACAUGGAAACUAGGAGACUUUGGGCUGGUCUCAUCAAUGGAUACAGAUUUUGAAGGAGCUUCUGAAGGUGAUGCUUGCUACAUGGCACCAGAACUAAUGGAGGGAAGGUUCAGUCCAGGGGCUGAUGUGUUCAGUCUAGGUAUCAGUAUGCUUGAGGUAGCUUGUGACCUACAACUACCAUCAAAUGGAGAGUCAUGGCAUAUGCUGAGAAGAGGAGAGCUGCCUGAGGAUUUUAUUAAAAAUUUGUCCCCUGACCUCCUCUCUCUCUUAACCAGUAUGAUGAGUCAUAAUCCUCAGUCAAGACCUUGUGUUAAUCAAAUAUUAGGACAUCGUAAGCUGAGAAGGAUGCAGCUGUUUGAACCAGCUGUCAAACUAAAGAAUAAAAUAGUACCUUUAUUUUCUCGAGUGUUCCAGUGGAUUCUAAGGUUCUUUGUCAUCUUAUUGAACCUCUUGAGAUUAUCCCACUCCCCUAUGAGACCAGAGACCCCACCCACUUUAGGCAAGCCACAAUCACUGGGAGAACCACUAUCAGAUUCUGAAGAUGAAGAUAUUAGAAUGAGUUUAUUGCAACAAUCAAUCAGUCAACACAACGGCUCAUGGACUAAUCAUAGUCCUAUAUGUCAUCAGUAUCCGGUUUAUUCUGGUUCACCUAUUCCACUCCAUCUUGAUGACUCAUCAGCAGACGAGGCCACGCCUUUAAAACCUGGUUCACCAUUACUGACAAGUAGUCCAGCAACAUUCCCAAGAGCUGACAGAGCAAUGAGGAGAGUACAUUCAGACAGAGGAUUUGUUAACGGAGGCCCUCGGAAUUUAAUGGAGAUUUUUAAAGAGGCUGAUUGAAGACAUGUACUACACAUCGGCACACACACACACUCAACACAUGUUUCUAUGCAUUGUUGCUCAUGGUGUAUCAAUUCUCAUCCAUUUCUUAAUUUUGUCUCAUAAUAAACUCUUUGUGUUAUUUUACUGAUAUCAUUAUAAUCCUAAAAGUAAA